CCCAUCGUUUGUGUCGGCAUUGUGUAGCACAGUUAGCUACUCUAGUAGCUAUUUCAGAUUUACAUCUGUUUGUUGAAGUAUUUUGAAUAUACAGAUAAGUCGGUGCAUACUCUAACAUAAAGCAUAAACAUGAGUAAAAGAAAGGCGCCACAGGAAUCCCUCAAUGAAGGAAUCACAGACUUUCUUGUUGAACUUGCCAACUACGAGAAAAACGUAAAUAGGGCAAUUCACAAAUACAAUGCAUACAGGAAAGCAGCAUCAACUAUUGCGAAAUACCCUAACAAAAUCAGAAGCGGCGAAGAAGCAAAAAAACUGGAUGGUGUGGGGGCCAAAAUUGCAGAGAAAAUUGAUGAAUUCCUUCAAACUGGCAAACUAAGGAAAUUGGAAAAGAUUCGUAGUGAUGAUACCAGUUCCUCUAUUAAUUUUCUGACUAGAGUUACUGGAAUUGGCCCUGCUGCUGCCAGAAAGUUUUAUGAAGAAGGGGUGAAAACCUUAGAAGAUUUGAAAAAGAUUGAGCACAAGUUAAAUCACCACCAGCAAAUUGGACUGAAAUAUUUUGAAGAAUUUGAGAAAAGAAUUCCAAGAGCUGAAAUGGAAAAGAUGGAGAAACUAAUCCUGGGAGAGCUGCAUGAACUUGAUGAGGAAUACAUUGGGACAAUUUGUGGAAGCUACAGGAGGGGUGCUGCUUCGAGUGGUGAUAUAGAUAUCUUGCUGACACACCCAAAUUAUACAUCUCACACUGAGAAGCAACCCAAAUUGCUCCAUGCUGUGGUAGAACAUUUAGAGUCCAUUGGCUUUGUGACAGACACACUGUCUAAAGGGGAUACAAAGUUCAUGGGAGUCUGUCAGCUUGAAAAGAGCGAUGACGAUGAGGAAGAAUAUCUUCACAGACGUAUUGAUAUUAGGUUAAUCCCAAAGGAUCAGUACUACUGUGGAGUGUUGUAUUUCACAGGAAGCGACAUAUUUAAUAAAAAUAUGAGAGCCCAUGCUUUGGAGAAGGGUUUUACUCUAAAUGAGUACACUAUACGCCCACUUGGGGUGACUGGUGUGGCAGGAGAGCCUCUGAUGGUGGAUAGCGAGAGAGACAUCUUUGAAUAUAUCCACUACAAAUACAGAGAACCAAAGGAUCGCAGCGAGUAAAGCUACAGCGAUAUGAACAAAUGCAACUUCUGUGUGCCUCUACUAGUAUUUAUUUCAAUAGUCCAAUAAUAAGUGGUUAUGUUACAAUAUGAAUUUAAACUUUUUAAAAUGUGUGCAUUUUGGUUUUCAUGUGAAUGAUACUAUGUUUUUUUAAACUUAAGCCUAAAUAUAAUUGCUGAAAAAUUGGGGAAUUUUGUUUGAGUAUUAGUUCAUUAGCUCAAGUUAUGUUAUUUGUAUGCAUGCACAUGCAUAACUAGUGGCAAAUCCUUUUGGGGCUAUGUAGAAAGUUUUGUGUGUGUGUUUUUAGAGCUCAUACAGGAAACACUGUUGAAGUGAUGUGUGGCAUACAAGACUGCAAAUAUAGUUUGAUUGAAUGCCCUUGUUUGUUAAUAAAAUGAUUGAAGCAUC